GAUCCUGACAAUCGCACGACAUGCAUCUGCUAUUAACGUGAAUUUCUCUCCUUGGAUUAAAACAUAUAGCCUGGCCUCGGCGUGAUAAUGGGACAAUGUGGUGUUAUUUCUUCGAAGACGGUUUUAGUCUUCCUGAAUCUGUUUUUUUGGGCUGCCGCAGGUAUACUGUGCUACAUUGGGGCCUAUGUUUUCAUCACAUAUGAUGAUUAUGAUCAUUUUUUUGAGGAUAUCUACACUUUCAUCCCUGCCAUGGUGAUAAUUGCUGUGGGCACGCUUCUUUUUGUCAUUGGUUUCAUUGGAUGCUGUGCCACCAUUCGAGAAAGCCGCUGUGGCCUGGUCACGUUCUCGGCAGUGCUGCUACUGGUAUUUGCAACAGAGGUAGUUGUAGUGGUGCUAGGCUAUAUUUACAGAGCCAAGGUCGAGGCUGUGGUGAACCACUCUAUUCAGAAAGUAUAUAAUGAAUAUAAAGGCACCAACACAGACGCUCCCAGCAGGGCCAUUGACUAUGUCCAGAGACAGCUCCACUGUUGUGGCAUUCAUAACUACUCUGAUUGGAUGAACACUCACUGGUUUAUUGAGUCCAAAAAUAACAGUGUUCCAGUGAGCUGCUGCAAGCCCAUCAUCAGUAAUUGCACUGGGACGUUAAUGCGACCAGGAGACCUCUACCCAGAGGGCUGUGAAUUUCUUGUAGUAAAGAAACUCAAGGACAUUAUGCUGUAUGUCAUACUGGCUGCAUUAACAUUCGCUGCCAUACAGAUGCUUGGGCUGCUGUGUGCAUGUGUGGUCCUUUGCCGCAGAGGUCAUGACCCUGACUAUGAACUGCUUGUCAGCACGGGUAUAGAUGCCUGAGUGGUACCGCAUGGCAUCAUGGGAACGGCUGGUCCUCCCAGCCAGUGUACUGUACAUAUUUCAGCUGAAUCAGGCUACCACUUUUCUACAGUAGUAUUAAAACCAGUUUCAAUACCGUUGUUUGACAUAAAAUCAAAGCUUCGACAGCUUGAAUAGCCUCACACCACUUUAGUUGUGAAGAAAAUGUUCCUAAAAUAAAUUUUGAAUAGUUUCUUUAUUUACAGCACCACUGAUAUUAGAGUCUGAUGAGCAGAAAAUUAUCAUUCAGUUGUUUAUUAUAUUGUAAACAUUUUACACUAACUGAUUCCAUGUGUCAUGGUAAUGUGAUGUGUUAUUAAGUGGUUGUUAGGCCAAAGACUGAAGUCACUGGUUGACAUAGUUCAGAUGUUUUUUUCUUAUUUGCAGUACGUGUUGUAGAAGUAAUCCCUUUGAGUUAUAAUGAAGAAGAAAGAUUGUUGUGUUUAUUUCAAUUAUUUUCUGACAACUUUCCUUUCUUCUCAUUUAGAGCUUAUCUUUAGAGAAAUAUUGUGAUACAAAGGGUUUAAACUAAAUUAUUUAUUUUAAAUCUAGCAGCAGCAUUAAACUUGCAAUUAAAAACAAGGUUACAUAACACAAAGCAUGAAUUACGCUAUCAGUCAGGUAUUUGGCAGUAAAACAAUCAAAAGCCUAGUCUAACAAAAUAAUUUAGUGUGUUUCUAAUAUAGAACUGAGCCUUUGAAAAUUCACUAAAAUCUCUGUAAUUUCAGUUUAUGAUAAAAAGGCCUUUUUUCCUGGAAACUGUUAUAUCUUAAAAUGGUUGUGCAAUGCCUGGGACCAGGAAAAAAUAUUUACUUAAAAAAAUGACCUAAAACCAGUACAUUUACUUUUCAAAUGAACCGUUUAAGCAUUUUUGAAUGUCACUCUAACGGAAGUGGUACUCUUAAAAGGUCACUGACAUGAAUGCUCAAUAAUAUUCACAAUGUUCACUGUAGCAUGAAAACUCAUGUUUUCACACAUAUUUAUACAUUAUUUAAUAGAUUCAUGCAUUUCAUUUUUCCCAGCAGAAGUAUAACAAUUACUAAUGCAGAGUACCUACUCUAAUGUAUGUUGAUCUGGGUCAGUUCAAUAAAUCGAAGAAAUUAAAAUGAUCCAUUAAGUGAUUGUUUUUUAUAUAUCAUAUUGCACAUUAAGACUCUGUAUUAGUUAUUCAAGCUCUGUUCAUUCAGACAUUUUUACUCAGAAAAUAAAAAAAUAAAAAAAAUAAAAAAUAUGCAU